UAAAAACAUAUUUAUAUAAAGGACGCCAGAAAAGCUUAAGAUUUAAAAAAUUAAAUAUGUGUGCGAAAAUCGAAUUACCUUUUGUUAGGUAAAUAUUAAAAAUAAAAUAAGAAUAAUAAACAAAUUUCGACUCCAAACACCAUUAAAGUUUUACUAUUAGCCAACGCUAUUUUCAAAAAAUAUUGUAAGCAUAUGAAAAAAUAUUUAAAGGCACACUAAAAAUUAUAUUCGAAAAUAGUUUAAACACAGGUUAAACAAUCCAAAAACAAAGUAAUUGAAAAGAGUUUCGAUUAAAACAAAAAAAGUAUUGGAUACUAAUGCAAAUUUAAAAUAAAUUCAAUACUACAAAUAUUUCGCUGUUUUGUGGACUUCAUCAAUGGUCGCUUCUCGUCGUAAAGCGUAGCCGAAUGCGAAUCUUAAUUACAUGCAAAAUAAAUGGGUACAAUGAGGCCAAAUAAAUACGAUGUUACCACAGCUUACGGUCUAUGCCAAGAUUAUUUACCUCCUGAUGGUGGUGAUUUCGGGUGCAUUAUGUACAGUAGAAGAUUAUGUAAUAAUGUCACAGUGUGCACACAACAAAGCCAUACAUGUAGCUGCGGAAGGAACAGUCUCAGUGACAGACAUUUCACAGACACAAAAUAUAACGAUAGUCGGCCUUCCGGACUAUGUGAACAACAAUCUCAAAAUAGCACUGUACGCAAAAGAAACACAACGGUACCUGUGUUUCAACGAUCAGUGGAAACUAGUUGGAAUGAAAGAACUGCGCGACACCUGCUACUUCAACGAAACCAUCGUACACGGUUAUUUCGUGUUUCGUUCCGUAGUCGAUCUGCAGCGACGUGUCGGCUUCACGCACCGAGGUAAGGCGGUCGGGCCGAAGAAGAAUGUCAACGAUGCCUGCUAUUUGUUCACAAAGAUACAGGCCGAUCAGUUUUUCCAUCAGCACACCAACUAUUUUGCACCGAGAGCGAAGAACACCAAAAACAUCAGCGGCUUACAAACAACAGCAACAACGCAUACGCAUACGACAUCGGGGGCCUCAGCAAGAUUGUCGUCACAGCGGGCGGCGCUCUCGGCGGCGGCAACCGCAACAGCCACCGCAACUGCAACUGCAACUGCAACAGCGUCGCAACGCAGCAGCAAUAAGAUAUCGCGUAAUCGCAGUAACAACAAAAAUAAGCGAGUGAAUGAGAUGCGCGGCAAUAGCAGCAACAACAAUAACGACCAAAAUGAAGAGUACACUUAUGGCCAUAGUAGCAAUUUAAGCAGCAAUAGCAACAAUAACCAGAGCAGUAGCCACCACAACAACAAUAGUAGUAAUUUAGUUAGUAAUAGUCAGCAGCAGCAACAUCAAGUAGUUGUAAGUCAGCAAAAGCAUCACAACAACAGCAACAGCCGUACACGUGAGCAUGUUCGCCAACAGCAGCAGCAGCAGCAUCAAGUGCGGCAUCACCACAACGAUCCAAAUUUGAUUGCGCGCCGCCACCAACAUGAGCACAAGCAGAAGCGUCGGCAGCAUCAGCGACAGCAGCAGCUGCGCCUGCGUCUGCGCAGCGGCAAAAUAACUAGUCCAGCAGCAGCAGCAGCAACAACAACAACAGCAGCGCAGGAGCAUGCAUCAGCAACAACGCAAGCUGCUUUCGGAGUGACUGCGACGGCAGCAGCAGUGGGCGGCGGUUGGAAGGAGCGCAAGCGCAAUAAAAGCGUUGACGAGCAGGCAGUUGGGCAACAAACUGCAACGGCGAUAAAUUCUGCUGAGCAGGGCCCGACUGCAACUACAACAACUAUGAAAACAACUACAAUUGCGAAUAAACGCAAGGGCCGACGAAGAAAAGUAAGGAAGCAGAAGAAACAGCAGCAGAAGCUAGAGCAGCAAAUGUUGCCACUACGUGCGCGUCCGCAGCAAACGCGGCAGGACGACGCCUCGCCAACGCAAACCACAUGGUGGUGGAAUGAGUCGCCGACGCCACCGCUCUUCUCGUCGUCCACUUCGCAAGCGCUGGCAGAUGGUGUAAGCAGCAUUUCGUCGGCAACAACAAACGGCGAUUACAGCGGCGAGUGGUUAUCUUCGCCAACUACAUUCGCCAGCACAGCAGCGGCAAGUCCACUGGAUGCCUACACAGCCUCAUCUCCAUCGUUGUUGUCGUCAUCGGUGUCGUCAAUUGCGUAUUCGGCGUCAACAACCGAUGUUACUGACGGCUUUUCCUCGCUCACGCCUACAAGCGACUAUAGCAACUUCACCGAUUUUACCAGCGGGGCGUGGGCAGAUGAGGCACUCAACUCUACACUGCUUGCUGAGAUGGACGACAGCAACAUGUCGCCGGAGCCAACCUCAGCAGCAGACAAUCAACUAAACAGUAUUAAUUCCCAACCACAACACUAUACAAAACUCAAUGGGGCGGGGUCAGCAUCGGAAGAGCAAGAUGUGGCAUCCACGUCGACAAUGUUGACCGAAAGCAGCGAUCACAGCUGGUCACCAGCAACCGUGGGCACAGAAGCGGCAGCAGUAAGCGAUAGUGAUGUUGCUGAAACAAUCUUUCCAGCGCCCACAGCAGCUUUAGAGACCGUAAGCGAUGCAGCUACAGCGACUUUACCAGACGACGUCAAUGCCACAGUGGAAACGCAAACUGCUAAUGACGCUGAUUUGUAUGCAACAAUGAAUUCUACCUCUAGUGAAACCGAAUUGGAAAGUAGCAGCAGCAGCAGCGACGGCGCCUUCACUGAAGACCUGGCAGAUGUUGCUGCCACAAUGAUAACAACUGUUGAACACCGAGACGUCCACAUGGCGGUAAACGAGCAGGAAAAUAACAAAAUGGGCGUCAGCCAGAAGCGGAAGAGACCAUCCAGCAUUGCUGCCAGCAUAGCUACACUUUUGUACAAUCAAUUUCUGGCGACCAGCAGCAGUAGAAGCAAUAACAAAUACGCUUGGAAACCGCGACGUGGAGACGAAUACUCAGAUGAAGCAGUUGCGCUCACUGCGCGACCAGCAACAGAAGCCACAGAAACCGAGCUCCUAUUAGACGAUCGCGCAGCGUGGUGGCAGCAACAUAUGAAUCAUAGUGGCAGCAAUUUUUGGGAUAAGGGCUUCGCUGAAUUGUCGCCUAGCGCGAGCGCCGAUUACGCCUGGCACAAGGUCAGCAAGCAAAGGAAUGAGAGUAAGCGCAGACAGAUAAACAGAAGCGGCGAAAGCGUAGUUGCUGAAUCAGUGUCCCAGGAACCGCUGCAGACGCUAGUGGCCAGCGAAUCCAGCCUUAGCUACAGCAAGAAAUACUUGGGUGGUGAGGGAAAGUUGCACCGACAGGGCAGCAAGUUGUACAUCAACAGCAACAAGUUGCAAACACCAGCAGCAGGCAUAGCACAAGGGUACAGCAGCACAAUGGCAACAUCACGUGCCGCAGCUAAAACAACAAUAAAGACGGCAGUAGGUGCAACGAAUAGUACAACUCCAUCGAAAACAAUGACAACGACAUCGCAGCAGCACAUCUAUCCGAUGAAACAAUUACUGGGAAACAAAACCAUCUCGCCGCUCAACAAUCCGUUGCAACUACAGCACUUUGACGGCAACAGCAAUCACUUGGCACAUCCACCAACAGCCAACACACUCAUCCCAUUAACUUUAUCAGCCGCGCCAGCCAGCUCAACUGCGACGACCAGCGAAACGCCAACUUCGACAGCUGCCGUCGCAGCAGCGACCACCACGAAGAAGGCGAUACGCAUAUCGACGCAAAAGCUGCUGGCCACACCUUUUCACCAACUGACCUAUGUGCGGAACAACGCUGGCGACAUUGACAUCGACAAUAUUGACAACAUCAGCGUCUAUCCAGACCUAAUGGAGGACUCUGGCGAGUUGGCAGAACAACAUUCUACCGAGCGCAUAGCGACCGACGCGACGCGCAACAGUCGGCUGACCAUCGUAAGCGGUUAUCUGCCCACCUCAGCGACGGCGACAUUACCCGAAUCGAUACGGCUAGCAAAGGUCAAGAUAAAUAAGGAAAGGAAGCGCAUGAUGAGCUUGAGGCAAAGGCGUGGAGGAAGGCGACACGCGUAAUCGAAGAAAAGCCGCUCUUAGUCGAUAACUGUCAUACCUAAACAAAAGCGUCAGCGUUGUCUGGCUGUCAAAAAAUUCUCAUGCCCAUACAAUUUGUAUGAAGCAUAC